AUGUCCGUGCAAUCUAAACGUGAUGGUCCCACAAACGAGCAUUCUCCUGGUGCCUUCUACUCAACCUUCUCUGCAGGAAAACAACGGAGGGAUGUUUUCUGUAUACCUAAACAUGAGAAUGGUUCAGAAAGUUGCGCUCUGGGCCCUCACUCGACGGCUACGUUCAACAGUGUGCUCACACAUAAUUUGUAUGACACAGAGGUUAUAUAUUGA